AUGUCAGAUAAGACAGGUUCAUUUUUUUCAUUUUAUAAGUUAUGUAAAGAAUUGGAGAAUGAGAGUUCACACACCGGUAAAUCAAAGAUCGUAGCUUUGUUUGUAGAUAAAUUCGAUGGCGAUUUAUACUUGUUGGCAAAGCUGUUGUUGGUUAAAGAAGAUAAAAGAGUAUUUAGAAUCAAAGAUAAACAAAUGGUAAAGAUCUUGGCUGAAGUCUGGAAUGAAGAUCUAGAUGAAAUGAUUGCCGAUCUUGAUAAAGGUGAUGUAACAGAGACUGCAUAUAAGUUUUAUCAAAGACAAGAAAAUAUUCCAACUAAAUCAACUUUGACACUGGGACAGGUCGAUGAGUUCUUGGAUGUUUUGACAACCAUAUCAAAGUUUGACGAUCAAGUGAAAGCGAUUUCGAAAUUCCUCAAGAAGUGCACUGCUUUCGAUUGGCGAUUGGUUAAUCGUAUCAUCGAUUCCGAUUUGAAGAUAAAUAUGGGUGCCAAAUACUUUUUGGAAGCGUUGCAUCCCGAAGCGAUGGAUGCCUACAGAAAGGCCAACAACUUGCGUGCGGUCAUCGAUACUAUAAAGAGCGGUGGAUUCGACAAGAAGAGUGCUGGCGAUGGCUCGGCAAUGAAGAUGGGAUCGCUCGGUAUCUCGUUGAAGCUGAUGACACCGAUCAAACCGAUGCUACCGAAAGCGUUAAAGUCAGCGGAUGCCGUGAUCUCUGCGUGCGGUCCGCUCUUCUAUGCGGAGAUCAAAUACGAUGGUGAGCGUAUCCAGAUUCACAAGCAAGGCAACGACUAUUUCUGUUUCUCGAGAAACUUGAAACCGGUCCAAUCGUGGAAGGUGGAGCAGGUGAAGCCAUACAUUCCCAAGGCAACGAAAGCCGACUCUAUUAUUUUGGACGGUGAGAUUCUGUUGAUGGAUACCAAGACUUCGAAGCCGCUUCCUUUUGGAACACUCGGUAUUCACAAGAAGAAUGGUUUCACCGAUGCAACAGUCUGUGUAUUCCUGUUUGAUAUCUUAUAUCUCAAUGGCAAGUCGUUGAUUGAUCUACCGAUUUCGAAGCGUCGUGAGAUUCUCGAGAGCAAUGUCAAUGUGGUUCAGCAUCGUGUCGAGUUGUCAGAGAUUACAGAGAUCGCUGGAAAGGAGGAUAAACCGAAAUUGGUGGCACUCCUGAAUCGUACUUUCAAAGAGAAGCUGGAGGGUUUGGUUAUUAAGGAUUCCACUAGUGUCUACGAACCGGGUUGUCGUCAUUGGAUCAAAGUGAAGAAGGAUUAUCUCGCCGGUAUGGCAGACAGUGCCGAUCUCCUGGCGAUCGGUGGUUACUAUGGAACUGGAACAAGCGGUGGUUUGGUAACGGUAUUCCUGAUGUGUUGCUACGACGAGGAAACAGAAACAUACAAGACAGUCUGUAAGGUUAGCGGUGGUCUGGAUGAUGCUGCCAUCGGAAAGCUUCAGCCAAUCGUAAAGAAUUCGAUGAUAAAGAUUUCAAAAGAUUCCACAAAGGUACCACCCUGGUUGGAUAUUCUCAAGGCAUACACACCGGAUUUCAUUGUGAAGGAUCCAAAAGAAGCUAUGGUAUUUGAAGUGGAAUCGGCUGAACUCACAGGAACCAAGCAUCAUACCUCUGGAUUUUCUAUGCGUUUCCCAAGAAUCGUAAAGAUUCGUAAAGACAAAGAUUGGGCAACAUCUACUAAAUUUGCAGAACUAAAGGAUUUGGCAAAGGAUGUUAAAAUUGUACCCUAUGAUUCCGACGAUGAAGAAAUCAAACCGGCUUCAAGAUCGACAACCUCUACUACAGCUACCAAAAAACAAAAGACAACAGCUACUACUUCGACCACUACCACCACCACUACCACCACUACUUCAUCAUCUAAAUCCUCUCUAUCAAGCAACAGCACAAAACUAAAGGGUAAAGUCAUUUAUGUCCAAGGAGAUAUAACUGAUCCAUUUAAAAAUGAUAAAGAGAAUUGUACUAUAAUAAUAAACUAUACUGAUAAUUCAGGAAAAUGGAGAAAUGCAGGUGUUCCAGGAGCGAUUUCAAAGAAAUGGAAGAAUGUUGAAGAUGAUUUUGUUAAAUCUCCAAUACCUUUGGGAGAAAUUAGAACCACAAAAGUAGUACAAGGUGAUAACAAAAUCUAUGUUUGCAAUGUAUCCUGUGUCAAAGCACCGGAAUCAAAGGCCGACAGCCAUACUUUUGAAGUCGAAGAAUUUGGUGAGACUCUAACACAGGUACUCUCUAUUGCCAAACACAAGGAUAUCAAAUCGGUUCAUUCAGUAAAACCAAACUACCCAGGAUUGAAAUGGGCAACUCUAGAAGAACUCUAUGUAAAGAAGUUGUAUGAUAAAGCUGUCAGUGUAUUUAUUCAUACCAGCGAUGUUGGUACCACCAAAACUGGAAGUGGAAGCAAACGUAAGGCUGACAGCGAGGAAGAAGAUCCAUUGGCUGCAGACGAAGUAGCAUUGCCAUUGAGUAAUAUUUUCGAGGGUGUCAAUGCGGUGUUUGCCAACAAUUUGCCGCCUGCCAACAUCAAGAAGUGGGAGAAUAUCAUUUCUUCGUUUGGUGGACAAGUCUCAACCAGUUGGAUACCAGUCGGUGCCUCGAAAACCACUCAUCUCAUUUGUGACGCAGCUUGUGAGCUGUCGACACAUGUCGAUCGUCUCGGUGGAUUGGUUGUCACAUCCAAGUGGAUCGAAGAUUGUUUCCAGAACGAUGUUAUCAUCGAUGAGAAUGAAUAUCUCUUUUACGAUCCAACCAAUCCUGAUUACGAAGCACCAACCAAUGACUCUACCUCAACCACCAAAACAGAUGAUAGUAGCAAGGCAGUAACUUCGAAACCAAAGAAAUUUACAUUACCAGAUUUCUUCUCUGGCUGUGAAAUCUAUCUUCACCCAACGAUGCUCAAUGACAUUGACACACUUAAGAGAUACAUUAUUAGUUAUGGUGGCCAGAUAUUGGAAACCCUUUCUCCACAAGUAUCACAUAUCAUUAGUAAUGAGUCGAAAAAAGAACUGUUACGUGCAUUUACCAAGGAAAAUAGUAAAGCAACCAUUACUAUUUAA